GGAUUAUUUCAUGGGCAAAAAUUCACAGGACUUUCCUCUCAAGGGGAUUUGUCCUGGAUGAAAACUAGGGACUGGACCCCCAGGCUUGUUGGUGUCUCCCUGUCUGUGCUGUAGAAGCUCUCAGGAUGGACUCGUACCUGAUCCAAGUGAAUGGCCACGGAGAUCAUGCCCCUGUGCUAGAUGUUCAUCUCAAGAGCACUGGGAACACCAUAUCACCAGGGAAGGUGAAGGGUCGGAAGCCAAGAUGGGCUGUCAGGGCUUCUGAAAUGUCAAAGAAAACUUUCAAUCCCAUCCGAGCCAUUGUAGACAGCAUGAAGGUGGAACCCAACCCAAAGAAAGCCAUGAUCUCCUUAUCCUUAGGAGACCCGACGGUCUUUGGAAACCUUCCCACAAAUGAUGAGGUCACACGGGCUGUGAAGGAGGUUUUGGACUCAGGACAGUACAAUGGUUAUGCUCCAUCUGUUGGAUACCAGUCCUGCCGAGAAGCUGUGGCUGCAUACUACAACUGCCCGGAGGCACCACUGAAGGCCCAGGAUGUCAUCUUAACAAGUGGCUGCAGCCAGGCCAUAGAGCUUGCCUUGGCAGUGCUGGCCAACCCAGGCCAGAACAUUCUGGUGCCACGGCCUGGCUUCUCCCUCUACAAGACUCUGGCGUUGUCUUUGGGGAUAGAGGUCAAACUCUAUAAUCUCUUGCCAGAGCAGGCCUGGGAAAUUGAUUUGGAGCACUUGGAGUCUUUGGUGGAUGAGAAAACAGCUUGCCUCAUUGUGAACAACCCAUCAAACCCCUGUGGCUCUGUGUUCAGCAAGAGCCACCUCCAGGAGAUCCUGGCAGUGGCAUCAAGACAGUGUGUGCCCAUCCUGGCUGAUGAGAUCUACGGAGACAUGGUAUUCGCUGACUGCAAGUAUGAACCCAUUGCAACUCUCAGCGCCAGUGUGCCAGUCUUGUCCUGCGGUGGCUUGGCAAAGAGAUGGCUAGUCCCUGGCUGGCGGAUGGGCUGGAUCCUAAUUCAUGACAGGAGAGACAUCUUUGGUAAUGAGAUCAGGGACGGCCUUGUAAGACUGAGUCAGAGGAUCCUAGGACCCUGUACAAUUGUCCAAGGAGCACUGGAGCGUAUCUUGCACCGAACACCACCUGAGUUCUAUCACAACACCCUAAGCAUCCUCAAGUCUAAUGCUGACGUUUGUUAUGCUGCCUUAUCAGCUAUCCCUGGCCUUCAGCCUGUCAGGCCUGCUGGAGCCAUGUACCUGAUGGUUGAGAUAGAGAUGGAGCAUUUUCCGGAGUUUGAAAAUGAUGUGGAGUUCACUGAGCGACUCAUCUCGGAGCAGUCUGUGUUCUGCUUGCCAGCCACGUGCUUUGAAUACCCAAACUUCUUCCGUGUAGUGACCACCGUGCCUGAGGAGAUGAUCUUGGAGGCCUGCAGUCGCAUUCAGGAGUUCUGUGAGAUGCACUACCAGGGUGCUGAGGGGGCCCAGGAUCUGGAGUGUGACAAGUAGCUACAGCUGGCCCCCUGCCUCUGUCAGGCUAGACCUUGUAUGAGGCAGCAGCUGGGCAGGCAAGGCUGCUUCCAGCCAGCCCCAUCUCUCCCUGCCUGUAAGCAGCCACUGUCCUGCUGCUUCACUUUUUGUGCUCCACAGACUCCUCAGCAUUAUGGAAAGAGGAAGACACUUCUCUGUCCUCCUCCACUAGAGCUUGCACAUCCUCUUGCUUCCAGUCCCCCAUGUCUCUGUAGACUCAGCAUCUGUGCCCUGUGUUGGUCUGUACUACCUGUGAACCAGCUGCAAGCAGGGGCAAAAGGUUGUUCCUGGGUUGGGCCCUGUGGCAAGGGCCCUCUUGGCCUGUGGCUCCUGUGUUGGCCACACUUCCCCUUGGGGACAGGAGAAGGCUGCUGUCCUGGAGGAUAAGAGAAAAGUACCCACCUCUCACUUCCCUGUGUUACCUUAGGAGCCAGAGCUCUUUAUACUGAGCCCUUUGCGUGAUAAAGGGAGUAAGUUAUUGUAACUUUUUUAUUAAUAAAAAUUCUGA